CAUUUCGCCCUUAGCAUAGGGGUGUCUCCGUUCUGCAAGCUAGUUCUGUCAAAACCAGUGUUGCUAUCUGUUUGCACUUAGCUUUGCAAAGAGAAAUGAUGCAACAAAUUCUGUGAAGUGUCUCUGCAACAGCCUCUUCAUUCGCAGCCGCCUCCCUGAGUCUCAGAUUCCUGUCAGACAGGCGCCGCGCAUUCUGCAUGAAGGAGAGGGUCUGGGGGUCUCUGCGGGGAACUGUGACUCUCUGAUGCUGUGAGGUGGGCCGGGCAUCUCGGUAUCCUUUGCUGCCUCGUCCCUCUCCCUCUGGGCUGUGAGCUCGGGCUGCCAUCGGGUAUAGGGGCACCAGCUGAAUAAUACCGCGUAGGGCCCCAUAAAUCCUAAGGACGGCCCUGUACAGGACAAAUGGCGGGGGGAGGCCUCAAUUCACAACCGCGGCCGGAGGGACUCAGUCUGGGAGCAGGAGUCAAUAUGGCCUUGCAGGUGAGCUGGGAAAUGAAGACGUUGAGGUCUGUGGUUCUCUGCUUGGCUUCUCUUUGGGCUCUUGCCUUGCUGGAAACGUCUCAGGUGAGAUGCCAGCGCUCUGUGCAGUUGGGAAUGGCACCCGACUCUUUUGAUGACCAAUACACCGGCUGCACUGAAGAAAUGGAAACGGAUAUUGCUCCUCGCCUGCUAGAGGAGGAAAAAGCCAGACACCCGCUGCUGGGCUCUAUGUGGGGAAACCUAUCGGCUGUUUGGGCGAUUAAGAAGAAGAGGCUUUCUGUGCCCAAGGGCUUUACAGAUGAACAUGGCAUAGCCAUCCUGGUCUACACUGAUUCCUCUAAGCCACUGUACUGGGAGUUGAACAAGGCAGUGAGAGAGGCUGGGGUCUCCCGGGAUAACUACAUGAGCAAUUUCCACUUCAAAGCUCUUCAUUACUAUCUGACGAGAGCCCUGCAGCUCUUAGGGGCUGACUGCAGCCACCUGUCCAGACUCCAGUUGUUCCGGGGAGUCCGAUCCAUCCGCUUCGAGCCCAGCGGGGCAGGUGUGUUCCGGUUCGGACAGUUCACCUCUUCCUCGCUGGAUGUGGCUUUAGCUCGGAGUUACGGCAAUGCCACGUUCUUCACCCUGCGCUCCUGCUUUGGUGCCCACAUCGAGGCGUUCUCCACCUUCCCUUCAGAGCGAGAAGUGCUGAUCCCCGGGAGUGAAGUGUUCAACGUCUCCAGCUUCUCCCGGGAAGGGAACCGCAGCGUCUUCCUCCUGCACAGCAUGAACCGGACCUGCAGCCAUUACAACUGCGCCUACCUCGGGGGUGAGUGCUGGCCCACGUUGGAACAGGAGCAAGCCAGGCUCGGCCACCUCGGAACGGGGAUAAUCCAAUCGCAGAGGAAGCCGUUAAAUGGGUGGCUCAGAUGUGACCCACAUCUUAGGAGAGAAGUCUCCAGAAUGUGUUGACAACAUGGUUGCAGGAAGGAGUGUCAGGGUGUCCAGCAACAUAAGCCCUGUGUUCGUUGGUGGAAUUGUCCUGGUCAACAUUGCUGCUCAGAAACUCUUCGCCAAUUUCAAACUCGUCUUGAUUUUGUAAAAAAUAAUAAUAAAAAAUUCUCUUAUAAAAGUAAA